CCUUCCUUCGCAUCGCAGCCCACCCCCUCCUCCCCCCACCCCUAUAAAACGCAGCGUCAAAUCCCACGACUCGAAAACCAGCAAACUGCAAACUCACCGAGGAGGAGGAGGAGGAGGAGGAGGAAGAGGAAGAGGAAGAAGAGGAGAAACCGCGUUUGUUCGGGUGAGGUGAAGCGGUGUGACCGAAGAAGAAGUGAUAUUUUUGUGAUAUGGCGGCGGCUAUGGAGGGGAAGAGCCGGAGGUUCGCGGUGGCGUGCGGGGUGCUCAGCCAGUACGUCAGGGCGGAGCAGAAGAUGGCGGCGGCGGCGGCGGCCGUCGCGGCGACGUCGAGGGCGACGACGCUCAGCCUGAUGCCCGGCGCGGAGGUCGUUCACGAGGAGGAGAGGGGAGCCGCCGCGGUGGCGGCGGAGGAGGCCGGGCCCGCGACGGCGCCGCUCACCAUCUUCUACGGAGGGAGGGUGGUCAUCUUCGAGGACUUCCCGGCGGACAAGGCGGCCGAGGUGAUGCGCAUGGCGUCCUCCGGCAACGGCGCCGAGCGGGCGGCGGCCGCCCCGGCCACCCCGCGGGAGGGCGCAGCCGUGCUCGCGGACAUGCCCAUCAUGAGGAAGGCCUCGCUGCAGCGGUUCUUCUCCAAGCGCAAGGACCGCCUCGGUGCGCGGGCGCCCUACGCCCGGCCGUCGCCGGCGGCGGACACCAAGGCCUCCGGUGACAAGCCCUCCUCCUGGCUGGGUCUCGGCGCCUCCGACGAACACGCCGCGCGCCGCGACGGCCUCACCAUCGCUCUGUGAUCCGCGACCUCGCCGCCGCAUCUUGUGACGGGAGGAGCAGUACAAACUAGACGUUGAUUCACUCAUCAGUUGCUCAUAAUCCGGCGAUGUAGAGUUCCAUAUACUCUUUGUAAAAUUCGAUAGGGAGAUUGAUCGAAAAAAUUGUGCCUUUUUUGCCCACCUGUAUUAUUCUUUCUCGUGCAAACCACGGCUGAUUCAUGAAA